AUGCUACAGGAACAUUUAUUCAUGAUGUUAAUGAUGUUUCUUCUCCAGAACGAGCCUCCUCCUCCUUUACCUAUUGUGAUUUGUCCGACUGAAAUUGAUAAUAUUAACAUAACGUUGGAAAAAAAUCAACAGUGUGCAUGCAAAGACUGUGGAAAGUUGUUCAAUUCUGUAUGGUACCUGAAACAGCAUGCUGUCAAGCACUCAAAUGAUCGCCCAUUCAAAUGCAAAUUCUGUUUUAAGGUGAGGAUCUCGUGUUAA